AUGUUCGGCUGCCGUGGCCCAUACCAAGCCGGCAACGGCAGACGACCAGCCUACGACAACCACGGCUGUCGAGGCCCAGCCUACUUCGGCACCUCACGCCAAGAACCCUUCAAGCGAGCCGAAUACCAGGCCAGAAUGAAUCCAUAUGGGCAUAACCUUUUCCAUAACGACUACGCCCAACCUCGACUCUAUGGGCGAGGACUGGGCUUCAACGUCAAUGGCAUACACCCUUACUCGAGAACGUACGGGGAGAGCUACUCUAGCUCAUCUAGCGCCUGGCCUGGCCAGGCUCGCCGUAGUCUAGAGCAUGAUCUCUUCCGCCGCGACUAUGCGGACCGGCCGCGUGCGGGAGAGCUAAGAGAUCGGUAUGGUCCUGCAUCCAGAUUAGUGGCAUGCUAA